UCGAGUUGUACUUGUAACUGUAAGACUCUCUCAUGCCCAGUGAAUUCUAAAACGUGUUCGAGGGUGUAACGCUUUUUUUUCUUGAUAACUUCGGCUGCCUCACUCCCUUAAUUGAUCCAAACAAGACAAUUUCGUAGCUCAAACUCUCUUAAAGGGGUUUCUCUAUGCCCUCAGAAGUUAGAUCAGCGCACCCAACAUCUGAAAAUUUUGGUGCCUGAUAGAGCCCAAGUUUAUAAAAUCCAGAACACUUGGGCCGAAUUCACGGCAUUAAUGGCUUUUUGAAAUAGUGGAAAAAGCCAAUAUCACGGCGCAACGGCUAGUAAGGUCCACACGACGCGAAGACAAAUAGCAGAUCCAGCUCUUCAACUGAACUCGUCUUCCACAAUGCAAGCAGAGAAGCAGCAAGCAUGGAAAAUCAGCGUUCAAGCUAAAGCUAAGAACUUCCAUUUCAAAUUGAAAGCAACCCAAAUCGCGCCCUCCACUUGGAAGCUCCAUCGACUCUCUAUUUCCCUCAAGCUCCGCAAGCUUUUUCUCGGAGUAAAUGCAGAAUCCACAGGGCAUCAAAAAACGAAAAAGAACUCAGAAUUUACAUCAUUAUUAGUUCCUAUGCAGCAGCAGAAACAAACCCUGAAAUCCAAAUUCCUUAUAUUUGUGAAGAAGUUUCGAUUUCGCAGCACCAAAAAACCUCAACGGUUCUCGUAUGAGGAAUUAAUUUCUGCGGGUAAUUUGGUCAAUGGAGGUCUCGCAUUUCUACCUCAAUCAAUCACCAGAGUUUUGGUAAUCUUGCUGCUUCUAAUGGUUGCUGCCGCAUUUGCCAGUCCAGCAGUGCUUGAUUUGAACAAUUAUUUGAAGUAUUGUGGAAAAAUACGUGGGGCUUGGUCCAAACUCUUAACUUGAUUUACCUGUUCGAUAUUCCCUGUCAUGUUUUCUGGAUUUGAUUUGACAUAAUCUCUACAAGUUUUGAUCUUUCGAUA